AUGACAGACAGAGUCCAUCCCUCCACCAAGCCCGCCGCCGCACCCACGGCGGCCCCGGAGGCGGCGCCGCCACCAAUUCCCAACCCCUCCGCCGCCAAAACUCAAAGUCUAUACAACCCGGCGCGCAACCCCUACCGCCCGGCGCCGGCAGGGCGGAGCCGCCACAAGCGCCGCCAAUUCAGCUGCCGGCGCUGCACGUGCCUCACGUGCUUCUGGUCAAUCCUCAUUCUAAUCGCCGUCCUCCUCCUCGCCGCCAUCGCCGGCGCCGCCUUCUACGCGCUGUACCACCCCCGCCGUCCGGUGUUCUCCGUCACCGCCGUGAAAAUCGCCGCCUUCAGCCUCGCCACCGCCGCCGCCGACGACUCCACCCGCCUGACGGCGAAGAUCAACGUCACCCUCGCCGCCCGAAACCCUAACAAAAAAAUUACCUUCGUCUACGACCCAAUUUCCGUCACCGUCUUCUCGAACUCCGUCAACAUAUCCAGCGGCGGCGCCGGCGGGUUCACCAAUUCGCCCGACGGCGUCGCCGCCGUCCACGCCGCCGUUGGAGUGGCCUCGCAGCUCCUCGACGCCGACGCCGUGAAGUCGCUGAAAUCCGGUAUGAACCGGCCGCGGAAAGGGCUGCCUAUUGAAAUCGUCGCCGACACGACGGUGGGAGUGAAAAUUGAUAAGGUGAAGAUGAAGAAGAUUGGGAUCAGAGUUAGGUGCGACGGAAUUAGAGGAUUCGUCCCCAAGGGCAAAAAGGUAAUUCCGGCCGCCGCCAAUACCGCCGGUGCGAAGUGUACGGUUGAUCUCCGGUUCAAGGUGUUCAAAUGGAUUUUCUAG